AUGCAAAAUCAUGUCCUGAUGGGAAAGAGGACGAGUUGUGCUCGUGUGGCUGUGUACGUGCUGAUGGCAAUGAUGGGUGCUGUUUUUCUGAUCAUGCUCCAGUUUAUGUUGAAGGAGAGGAGCGAUAAGAUGAGAUCGUCUUCGGAUGAAGAAAAUAUAAUAAUCAAUAAUGAUCGAGCAAUGAUUAUGACUACUCAGCAACAACAACAAGAAAUUAAACAAGAUAAACAACAAUCUAUUUCGGAAAGAUCGGCAACAAGUAAUGGUAGAAGAUCAAGAUCAACUUCUUCAUCAUCAUUAAAUUCCGAAUACGAAUAUUGGCUACGAAAUUAUAUUAUUAAAUCAGAUCCACACUUGUUAGCUUGUCAUAAUGAUAUUGGAUUUGGAUUGAUUGAGAGAUGGAGAAAGUCUGAACGAGUAAUUUGUGGAGAUGAGAAAAAUACACAAAAUAGCAGAGUUUACAUGUACAGAAUUCAACAAACCAGACAUACUGCACAGGAUAAUUUUGUGAGGAUUAGGAAUUUUGUUACUCUGACUGAUGGAUUUUUCUCAAAUGGAUUUACACAGGGCUGGUUUACCUCUGGAUGUUCAAUGAAAGUGGACAAUUUGAAGAGUAGAGAGGGACAUAAUUUAUUCCAAAUGCAUUUGGAUAAGUGGAUGGGUCAAUAUCAAGGAGAGAGGGCUUGUUCAAAGAAAAUUAAUAGGAGAGUUGUCUUUUUGCAAAGAGAUGGUGAAUAUAACUUGUUCCACUCAAUGACUGAUUUCUCAUCCUUGUUUGUGAAUUAUCUCAUGAUGAUUUUUAAGAGAAUUGAAGAGGAAGGAAUUGAAGUAACUGAUACUAUGGAAUUAUUGGAUGAAUAUGUGCAAGGUACUGAUGUGGUCUAUUUGGAUGGUUAUCAAAUGGGACCAUACAUGCCAAUUCUGCAAGCCUUUGGAUCUGUAUUUUCAUACAGUGAAUAUACUCAACAUUUAAAGAAGGAAUAUGAAGUCAAAGAUAAGGAUUCUAUCUGCUUUGAUGAAGUUUUAUUUGCCACUCCUGGUGGAUCUAAUUUCCUAUUCAAGGACGCAUGGAGACCAAAGUAA